UUGUCACUGAAUCAUUCAAAUGUUCAAAAAUUGAAUCGUUUUCUCAAAGUCAAAUAAAUGCUAGUAAUGAUUUAUCAAAUAAGAUCUUAAUGAAAUAUCAAUCAACCUCAGAUGAUAGUGACAAAACUGAUGACAAUGAAUCUAUAGAUAUAGAUAUUACAGAUUUAUCUGCUAGUGAUGAAUCAAAAUCUUCGUCAGAAAUUCCAGUAGAUGACUUAAAGCGAAUAUCAUUGCUGAAAAGUGAAAAUAAAGAAAGAGAUAUGCGAAUAUUUUGUGUAAACAUAAAUAAAACAUCGGUGGAAAAUAUUAACUCCAACAAUAAUUUUGGGCUAAAAACAAAAAAUUGGCUCUUAACAGAAUCAUUUAAGGAAAACAAGCCGCAGAAAUGUUCCCAAGUAACUCCAUUUGACUAUAGUAAAGGCAAACAACACUCCAAUCGAUUAAAACAUAUUGAUACUAAUAAAGAAGACAUAAUAGCUAACCAUAUAGAAUUAAGAACCAAUGAACGAAUGGGCAGUUCUGGAAAAAAUACUUUUGGGCAAAAUGACAACAUUAUAGAUAAUGAAUAUUCAAUUUCGAAUAGUUCGACAGAAUUCGAAGAUCGUGUUGAUUGUUCCACUCCUAACAGUGCAGAUGAAAAAUAUUUCAAUUCUUUGGAGACAUCUAAUAUUAUUGGCGAUAAAUUAGGAACGACAAUCUCAUUAAACAAUAAUAAGCAGAGAAGGUCUCGUACGAAUUUUACUUUAGACCAGCUUAAUGAACUUGAACGAUUAUUUGAAGAAACACAUUACCCAGACGCAUUUAUGAGAGAAGAGCUGAGUCAUCGACUUGGUCUAAGCGAAGCUAGAGUUCAGGUCUGGUUUCAAAACAGAAGAGCCAAAUGUCGAAAACAUGAGCAUCAAUCACAUAAAGGAAUUAUGUUAAAUCGACAAAGUCCGCCCAUUUCCACCCCACUAGAACCAUGUAGAAUUGCUCCAUAUGUAAACCUAGCAACAAUACGAAGCGUUGGCAAUACAGGAGGACACUGCACUGGCUUUAAAAACACACAUAUAAGUACAGGAGAAAACGCCGAAAAUACAACUGAAGAAGUUUCAUCAAGUUUUCUACUACGUCAAGUUUCUGGAAAAAGUACAAUUUCAGCCUUUGAUCCAGCUAUUUUAACGGCCACUGCUCACAAGUACGCAGCGGUUAUGGGAAAUGUAAAUACACCAACAAACAUAUUUACAAUAACACAAUAUCCUUUAAAUCUUGCCGCUAUUGCUGCUGCUCAAAGUAAAAAUUCUAGUAUUGCCGAUUUACGCAUGAAAGCUAAACGGCAUGCUGAAUCACUUGGACUCGAUUCAAUUGAUGAAGAUUAACAUUCAACGGAUCCUCAAGUCAACUGAUCACUGAACAACUAUAAACUAUAUAAAUAAAAAAUGUUUAACACA